AUGGCCAGAGUUGCUAAGAUCAAGGCAAAGGUUGAGGCCAUGUCCCUAGAGGAGCGUGAUGUCAUAGAGCUCUUAGGCAUGGGUGGCCCCUCCAAAGGGGUCGGGCCCGAGGAGGCUAUGAGAAGAUUAGAGGAGAUUGAGAGUGGUCGCUACGACAACGACAGUGAGGAGGAUGACGAGGUUGAGAAGCCCGUAGGGGCAGAAGGGGGAGGGCAGGAGGUGACCGAUGAGAAGAAGGAUGUCAAGGACAAGACUUCCCCAGAGGCCGGAGGUGCCCAAGGUGACAAGGAGAAGGCGGCCAAGGAAAAGCAUGGUUAG